UGGACUCAACUGGUUAACACGGCUCCUGCACAGCGAACGCCUUAGCGACAUAUUGUUAUUGAAUGAUUCUUCACCUACAUCAAUUUGAAUUUCAAGCUCCAACAAGUUCAAGUUUCAGUUUCACUCUUCAUGUUAGGGACAACUACGUACCCAGUUGAAUAAUCAAUGUCCGAUCGGCGCAUGAUGUGCAAGCCAAAGCGACAGAGCAGUUCUUAAUUGAAGGAAGUAGUGUUGUUGUUUUAUUGUAAAGUUUCCCCAGCCAACAUGAACAUUCCCAUUCCUCUGACGACUCCUACUUUGACGACGAGCAUCAUGAUGCAGACCUAUGGAGAGAAAAAAGUUUGUCACUGUCACUAACUUGCGGGUUUUGCAUUACAAAUUUUUUUAGCAUCACAACUUUCGCCUGUAUUGCAGAAACACUAGGGAAAUCCCUAAUGAAGUUUGGCUGUGAUGCAUUUUUACGCAUGACAAACAAUUUUGUAUUGCAAGAAUGCGCAUGAGUGAUCGUGACGAACUUUUUUUCUUUGAUAAGACCCCUCCUGCUUUCAACGUCGUUCCCGGUGCGCCGGCGCAGCGCAGCUCGCACGCGCCAAGCUCGGGGUAUCCCACGAAAAAACUGUUUCACUGUGAACUUGUGAUGCAUGGAAUGGAAUGGAGUACUUAUUUGUCUUGCUACACAUGCAAGACAUUGGAUUUAUUUUAAGGGUGUUCGUGUUUUCCCUUGGGAAGUUCGCAUAGCAAAUUUUCUGUGGCAUGUGUAAGUAACAAACUUCUGAUGCAGAUCUUGCAAAAUCAUCACAGUGAAACAGUUUUUUCCUGCGAUACGGGGGGCUCGGUGAUGAGUAUCCGGAAAAAGGAGGUGGACAUGACUGGGAAGUGGAAGUGCGCAACCUGCGGCAUCAUAUGAAAUGUAAAAAUGUCUGGGUCUGGAAGAGUGCGAGGUGUGUCAUGCACGUUUUGCAUGAGCCAUGAUGUCUGUGAUGCAUACCCUAGCAAUACAGAUCUUUUGAAGGCUUCUUGAUGCCUAUUCCGCAUGACAAAUGCUCUUUCCACCGUGUAGCAACACUUAGACCCUCUUUGCUGCCCAUGCAAUACAGAUUUUUUUAGAAUCCAAAACUUGCAUGACAAGUUGGAUUCUUCCAGACCCCGACAUUUUUACAGUUGAUACAUCAUCAACCCCAACGACAAGAAGCGGUGUCAGGCCUGCAACGCCGCGCACCCGGACUUCACCGAGGAACAGCUCCAGGCGGAGACGCAAAAAACCAUAGACGGCUUCUUAGGCCGUGCCAGUGGAGCCGCAGUCAGUGCGAGUGGUAUAAAGUUCUACUUGAUGUAUAGGUAUGGUUACGUUAUGGAGGUGGUUGUCAAAAAAGUUCGAAUUUAAUGUAUGACGUGAGAGAGUGGCGAUGUCAUGCAAUAUGCCGCGACCGUGGUCCUCCGGCGCUGCCAAAAUUGCAGUGCAGAUGAUCCUGGUCUUGGUCCUCCUGAUCCUGCAAGAAUGAGCACUAUGAGAAACAAAUACGAACAGUACAGAUUUAGUACACUCCCUUAUCAUCCAAAACCACAGAUGCCGCUAAAAACGCGGCUUCGGUCUUCGGUGGCGGGGGCAGCUCUUCCUCAACGAGCACCUUCACAUUUGGCGCCCCAGCUCCGUCCGCCAGCGCCGGCCCGAUAAAGUUCGGCACGGACAAUGCCAAUGCCGGAGGUUUUUCCUUCGGGAAAAAGCCGUCCGUGGACGAAAAAGUCAGCUCGGUGUUUUCCUUCGGCGCUGCAGCUGCAGCAACGUCUAGUACUUCUGGAGCGGCUGGCUCCAGCAAUAACAUUUUCCAGCAGGCCAGUGGCUCUAUCUUUGCGAGCAACGGCGCAAACAACACGGCCGCGUCCGGAUCGAUUUUCGCCAGCAACCCCGCACUGGCGGCCGUGACCGGGGGUGCUGGAAGUGCUGCAAACGACGGAACAGCUGCGGCGGGGACCACGACAGCCCCAGGAGCACCUCCCGCCGGCAUCGGGUUCACCUUCGACCCGAACAAGGCCGCCGCGUCGCAGGGGUCGGUGAACGCAGAGAACGUGGCCCACGCGAAGCGUUGCGGGAAAACGAAGGAGUUGUGGCGCAACAAGAAACCGCUGCCGGGGAUCCACCAGGGCGAGGUUUUUGUCUGCGGGUCGGGCGAGUGCGACCAGCUGGGGCUCGGGGACGACCAGCUGGAACGAAAAAAGCCGACGCUGCUGAAAGGUUUGUCGGACAAACAGGUGGUGAAAAUCGCCGUGGGGGGCAUGCACGCCCUGGUGCUGUGCCGCAACAGCCGAAACAUUUACAGUUGGGGCUGCAACGACGACGGCGCGCUGGGGCGGGAGAAGGGUAUCCGGGAAAACGAACCCAUGCCGGUCCGCUGGGAACUGGGCACCUACUGCGAGGAUCAACAGGGGACGAACAAUAUGCAUUGCAAAAGUAUCGUCCUAGUAUAAAUUGCAUCACAAAUUGAAAUUUUGGCAAGAAGAAAAGUGGAAUUUGUAAUGCUGUUUUACCUUAGGAAGGAGAUUUGUCAUGCAUAUUUGCAAUUUGUACGACUACGAUGCUUUUGCAGAGGAUAAACAAGCUCGGGCUUGACGUGCUCAUCGACGACAACACCCGGCAUAGCAAACCGUGGACCGACCUGGUGAUCAACCACAUCGCCUGCGGCGACAACCACAGCUGCGCCAUUGAUGCGAAGGGCAGGGUCUUCGUCUGGGGCGUCUACAAAGACGCGAACGGGUAUCUAUUGAAUGAUUUCUUACUAGUGCUGGCCCCGCUACAUUCUUUCAGGUUUUUUAAGAUAAUUCCAUCGCCGUAUUUGCCAUGAUGAAAAAAUCAAAAUCAAAUUCGGAGAAAGAAAUGCACACUAUUUGAUCAACACCAAAUCCAGCUACAUUGGGUUUCCGGACCAUGGGAAAUUCCAAGAGAUUUUGUACAAGGAGGAGAAAGACGGGGAUGGUAAUGCAAAGAAAGUCCCGGCGCAGCAGUACUACCCCCGGGAGUUCCCAAAUCUGCCCCCAAUAAAAGACAUCGUCUGCGGCUGCGACCACACCGUGGCACUCGCGAAGACUGGCGAGGUAUUUCUUUGUUUUUGAUGGUGUAGCAUGUUUUACUUUUAGUUUUGCUAACACUCACUAGGUUCACAAGCGAAGGAGCUCCUGCUCAUGCGACACUGAGAUUUUGCAUCAAUCACGCAGGAGCUGCAGGCUGUUGAACGAGAUCUUUUUGAUGAACUACGUGGUUGAUAAAGGUUGAGAACCUGUCGUGCCUGAUAUGGAAGAUGAAAACACCUCUUAAAACUGCUUACCAGGUUUUCUCUUGGGGUAGUAAUUCCAACGGGCAGCUCGGCCAAGGGAAAAGGACGCCGGACCAGCCCGUGCCCGGCGGAGUCGACGAGGCGAAGGACAAGCAAGCCUACCACGAUUUCAAGACACUGAAAAAAAAGUACCUGUUCCCAAACAAGAUGCACUUGCCGCCCGGAAACGAGGGCGUCAGCAGGAUAGGCAGCGGCAACGAAGGCACCUAUAUCAAAAGGAAAAAUCCCCCCUCCCCAUAUCAAAACGAAGUUUCUCAUGCAGGAUUUGCGUACACAAAUAAGAUUUGUCUUGCUGGAGAGGAAUGCAGCCCGAUACUAAGCCUAAGUAGAGAGGCUCUGGCCUAGGCGUCUAGCAUGAGAGACGUCCGUGCUGUAGGCCCAUCAGCAUCACAAACCGCCCCCACAAUGCUGCGGAGCUUGUGGAGUUGCCUUCUUGCAAGACAGACGUGAUUUGAGGUCGCAAAUCAGCAGCGCAAAUUUUCGGAAACAUACCUUUUCGAUAUGGGGAGGGGGGAUUUUUCCUCUUAAUAACCUACAUUGUCACCAAGGGGGCGAAGUCCUACGCCUGCGGGUUGAACGGAGACAACCAACUCGGUAUCAUACAUUGAUCUGGAAAAGCAUAAACUUCCUUUGCAUCCAUGUAAACCGUACGUUUAUUUGAUGCUCUGCUCAACACUUUUAGUACUGCAUCCGCAAAUGCAACUGAAGCAGGCCUGCUAUCGCUAAGAGUGGUCGAGUUGAAAUACAUAUGUUCAUUUCCUUGGUAACUCCAACCUCCCACAGGUCUUGGUAAGCAGCAACCGAACAUCAUCGAGACCCUGACCGAGCUGGUGGAACUGCGCGGCAAGCAGAUUUCGUACAUUGGGGGCGGGCAGCAACACGGGUGUGCCUGGGACAAAAACGACAACCAGGUGUACACGUGGGGCCGGAAGCCUUUUACCGGCAUGAACGUACCGGAGACGAACGCUGACCGCGAGUUUGCGUCCCCGGUGAAAAUCCCAAAGGAGGCCUUCGCGGGAAACCGCAUCACGGACUUCAACAGCUCCAGCUACACCAACUUCGCGCUGACGGAUAUGCAAGAAGAAAAGAUCGAUCGUGCAGUUGUAGAGUUUUGGUUUUCAGUGAUCUUCAUGCGCAGCAUGCCAAAUGCCGGUCUCUUUCAACAUGAUGUUGGCCGUGCAUUGUAGUGCCCGUGAAGAAAGCGCGUUUUUGCAUGUUGCUAUCUUCUGGUGCGCAUCAUGACAGGGGUUGCUGUUAUGCCAUAAAGAAUUUGUAUAUGCUUUUUCUCCGAGACGAAAAAACACUCUCGAACUUUUUCUCUCGGAUAACGGAAAACGGAGACGUGUUUGCGUGGGGUAGUGGGGAAAUGUACCAGUUAGGCAACGUGCCGAAGGACGUCGACAACUACACGAAGGAAGAGAAAGAUUUGAUCGAGGGAAAGUCGGAACUCGCGCCCGCACUCAUGCACGCGGAAAAGUUGAAGGACAAGUACGAUUUUUUUGCGAUAAUUUCGUUGAAGGUCAUUAAGUAGUACUUCACCAUAAAGAACGCAAUGGCGUCGAGCCCUAUAUGAUCUUGGUUUUGACGUACACAAAAAAACUCAGGCACUGUGCAUGGAGUUUUUUUUCUUCGUGAAGACGCUGGCUCUACUUCUCAUUGAUUUCUGCUUUUUUUCUCGGUUUAGGUUUAGGUAGGCCGCCACCGCUGCCGGCACGGGAUGGCUGUCGUCGCGACCGUCUCACCUUCGAUCUACGCCUUCUCCUGCUGCACAAGUUCGAUCCGGAAAGGGUUUAGUUUAGGUUUCAGGGUUUAGGAUAUCCACUUUAAAUCGACCUAGGUCGUUCUGCAAAAGUUGUGAUUCCAUCUAUCCCACGAAAAAAUAAACAGAUACAUUCUUUCCGUCGCUGGCGGUAGUCAGCACACGGUGAUCCUGGCCUGGAACCCGAUAUGAACUGCAAAAGUAUCGUACUCGUAUAAAUGCAUGACAAAUUUUCUCAGCAUGAGAAAUAAAAUUUGUCAUGCUGAUUUACCUUACGAAAAAUAUUUGUAAUGCAAGACCUGCAUUUAUACGAGUACGAUACUUUUGCACAGGAUACCCGAAUCUUCCGGACAAUUUCAAGCGUUCGCAGGCGGUGCUGGAAAUCGAGCAGCAGGAGGAUGUCUUGUCCUCGACUGCGCUCCUGAACGAGGAGUCCAACAAGCCGUCGCGGCUCGAUUCGCCCUCCAAAAUUGACCUGGAAACACGGUCAGAGAUGAACAUUUCGCCGCGGGCGAAGCGGCCAAAGCUCUGCUUCAGCCGGGACGUGGUGGAGAGGUGUCUGCAGGAGGUGAAAAAGCUGGAGAAAACAGUGUGGAACACCGGGCUGAACCGGGACAAGGCCAUCGAAAAUCUACCCUCGCUGUGUGAUUGAUGGACAAGAACUGUGAAUCUCGCUGUGUAAUUGAUGGACAAGAACUGUGAAUCAUGGUGGCCAUUCACUUUUGGGAAAUGGUGGCUGUGAAAAUGAGAAGGCAAGAACACAAGGGCGGUUCUUUUCUUGCAAGAGCAGAGCCUUGUUCUUUUAACCUCAGGAAGAGCUACUGCACUACGACGCGAAUUAUUUGUUCCAAAGUACCUUGUGCACCACGACAAAAUGCGAUUGCGACCGCAUUAGCAUUUCAUAUAUCCGCCUCGUUUUCGUUGAAAAGGCGAGGAGCGACGGG